AUGUCUUCUGAUAAACAACAAAAGCAAUCAAAGAACAUCAAAGGUGCUGGACCUUCAAAGAGUUCUACUUCCCAGAACAUUCCAACCAUCACCCUUGGGAACCGAGAAUACAUCACUGCUCCAAAACUUUUGAAAGAACAAAAAGUAAUUUUUGCUUCUCAGGUAAUGAUUCCUUCCCUUCUUUCUGGAAAUGCUUUAGGGUUUUUAGGCCCAUUAGUAUCUGAAGAACAUUUAGAGAAGUGUGCUCAAUUUUUUCCUUGUCACCAUACUACUAAACCUAUAGCCAACAUAACCCUUUCUUCUAAAGACAAUGAGGAUCUGAACCAGAGAGAGGCUUUUCAAUUGGACUUUAUCACUAAUAGUUUCAGACCUUUUCGGUCUUGUCCAACUCUAGACAAAUCCUAUCUCGCUUGGUUAACAAAAGUUGAGAAGAAGAAAGCCUCACUUUGGAAAGAAUUGGGUAUUUUUGACCUAAUCCAGAUGUCGAAACUGGGAUUCAGUUACUGCCAACCUUUAUUACUGUCCAACCUAUACUUCUGGGAUAGUACCUAUAACACCUUUCAUCUUCCUUGUGGAAUGAUGACUCCCACACUUUUCGACGUAGCUGCCAUUGCUGGACUUCCUCCGAUAGGAGAGACCUUCGACCCCUACCAAGACUGUGAAAACUUGAUUGAUUUCAACGUUAAGAAUGCUUCAUUUAGUACUUAUAUUAACCUAUACCACGCUGAUGGGGAAGAAGUUUCUGAUAUAGAGCAUAUAGCAUUCUUAGGUUUAUGGUUGUCCAAAUUCUUCUUUUGCUGCAAAUCUCUACAAGUUGCUAAGAGAUUUUUAACGCUCGCUAACCAAUUGCAUGCUGGUCAAAGAGUAUGUUUGAGUGAACUCUUAUUGGCUAGUUUGUACGAAAGUCUAGGAUCAGCUAGUGCUAAGCUAAAAGAAUAUGAAGCUGGCACCAACCUAUUAAUAUUUGGGCCUUAUUGGCUUCUUCAAUUGUGGCUUAAUGCCACUUUCGAACCCUUUUUGCCAACACGAGGAAACGUCGAAGAAAAUGACCCAGAGAUAAUGAAUCGAAGUAUUGAGGGCACCAGACUCCUUCGACUGACUCCAGCUGAUGAUGUUGAUAACUUACAAACUUCCCUCACCAAAUACACCUUGAUGUUCUCGAAGCGUCAUCAUUUCCUUCCUUCGAUGGCUCCUUUUGCCAGUCGAAUGUAUGGUCCUUCCUGGUUCACUGCCUCACUCGAAGACGCUGUGAAAAAUGCCAACACAGAGAUCGAAGACAUAUGGCGUGCCUUUCUCCUCCCAAGACUACUUGUCUUUAGGAUUCUGCCAGUAAAGAGUCAUGUAUGUCUGUUGGCUUAUCAACCUAAUUUUGUCUCUCGACAAUUUGGGUUGUGUCAACUUAUACCUUUCUCUUUAUUCAAACGAAAGCGCGAGAUCUGCUGUGCAGGAACUGAAUGGAGCGCUCGAGACAUUGCCGUUCACAAAGAAUUUCGUGCCAAUUUUGCUGAAUUUCAAUUAAUAGCCUUCCAACCGUCGUUCUAUUCCACCAACGGUUUCGCCACUUGGUGGACAGACUUCUAUUCCAAGAAUAUGUUUUCAACUGCUGAAAUCAAAGAACCUCUAACAAAGGCUUUUUCAUCUUUGCAGGAAAAUGUCCCCAAGGGUAAGCUUACUCAUUCUGCAGAAAUCCAAGCAUUCCAAAAGUACUUUGAAACUGUCUAUAACCCAACGAACAUCGUUGAAACUGUUGGUUAUGCAGCCCCAAUUUUAAAAGAAAAAUUUGAAAAGCAGAUCGCCAAAAGAAAAUCUCUCAAAACUUCUUUUAAACAUUUGCAUGUUUCGACUAACUCACAUCCUUCUUUAGCUGUCGAAAGGAAGGUGGUGAAGAAAGAAAAACCUGUGGCGAAGGCUAGUUCGACUACUGCUUCCAGGCCAACUAACUCUUCCAGCCAGAGAAUGCCUUCUUGCGCCGCUCCAGAAAAAACGAAGAAGAGUUCAAAGGGUAGUGGCAAGCCUCCCCUGACACCCAAGAAAAGAAAAACCUCUCCUGCCAACAUCAUUCUUGUCGAAGAUGAUGAAGAGGAUACUCCUCCUACUCCACUCAAGAAAAAACAGAAGAAAAACAAAGCAACAGUUACCCCUUUCCAACCAAAUCAACAACAAGGUGUCGAAACCACAACUCUCCCUCCUCUUCCAAAGAAAACUCCAUCCCAGCCUUCUGGUGCUGCAGCGCUGGAGCAUAUUGGAAGUAAUGCCUCUGAUCCCGAGGCUCAACAGGAUAAAGCCACCACUCCCCUUAUUUCUACUGCCAAUCAAAGCGAUCCUUCGAGCGGCAUGAAUCCAUCUCCUCCUCCGACAGUCAGCGGUGCUAUCCAAAACAAAGGCUCUUCGACUGGAGCUCACAAUCUUGAAGAAGACAACACUCAAAACGAAGAAGAAACCUCUUCUCCUGGUGAAGAUGGUAAAAAAUAUUCGAAGCAUGUUGACGAGAAGGACUCAACAGGGAAAGAAAACUCUGAGAAUACUCCUAGUGAUUCUCCUGCCAGAGUUGCGUUCCCUUUAAAUGAUGCUGAUGAGGAUGAUUAG